AUGGCUUACGCAGUGCGAACAGCGGCGCUCUACGUCGCGGUGGUCCUGGUUCUCCUCUGCGCCGUCGCGCUUCCGUCUGUGGCAUGGUGGAGCAAGGGUCACAUGGCCGUCGCCCUCAUUGCGCAGCGCCACAUGGACCCGAAGCUGGUGAAGAAGGCUAAUGCCGCUGCCAAGGUGCUCUCCCUCGCUGGCCCCUUCCCCAAGUCACCGGAUAUGGUACAGCUGGGGCCGUGGGCCGACGACCUGCUCGAGUCCGGGCUCAAGACGAACUUCAACUGGCACUUCAUAACAACACCAUACUAUCCGGACUCCGACUUUACUCUCGAGUUCAGCCCGGUGCAGACGGUGAAUGUCGCCUCCGUCAUACCAAUGUUGGAGUCUGCGAUCACGAAGACAACAGCGACGACUGAGAUUAUUACGCAGUGCUUGGCAUUCAUGAUUCACUUCUUCGGCGACAUACACCAGCCGCUGCACAAUGCAAACUUAUUCUCCAAUGAGUACCCUCUGAGCGACUACGGCGGCAAUGCGCAGAUGGUGACCAUCGAUUCUAAUGGAACUAAGAUGCUGCUGCACGCGUACUGGGACUCGAUGGCGGAAGGACCGGCCAGUGUGGGCUACUCACGGCCGUUGAGCAAGGACGCCUACGACGACCUGAACGCGUUCGUCGACUACCUGGAAGCGACAUAUGCAGGCAACUUGACGAUGCCGGAGAAGAACCUUCAGAACACGACGGCGAUUUCGAACGAGGGGCAUGAGCUGGCGAUCAAGUACGCGUUUCCUGGGGCCUUCAACGGCGCCACGCUCUCGAGCGAGUACAAGACGAACGCCAAGUUCAUCACUGAGCGGCGCGUGCUUCUUGCCGGCUACCGCCUGGCCAAGAUGCUGAACACGACGCUGAAGUCAGUGAGCAUGGACACUAUUCUGCAGGGACUCAACAACAUCCAGGCAGAGGUGCCGCCGCUUGACAACACCACCAUUGUGCACACCUUUCAGGAGAGGGGGCUCAGCACCGGCCUCACGGUGGGCAUUGCCAUCGCUCUCUUCGUCGCCGGAGUGCUGAUCUCUACCGGCGUCGUACUCUUCCUGAGUCGCCAGCGCCAGGUGCGCAGCGACUAUCAGCCAUGCGAACCGAUUGCACUGGAUUUAUAA